AUGCGCUUUUGUUAUCCGAUGUCACCAAAGUUGAAUCAGACUGUUAUUCAAGGCUGUUUCUUCCAUAUAACAUUUUCAUUUGCUGCUGUUAUCACCUUCAGUCACCGGGAUUUAAAACCGGAAAAUUUACUUUUGGACGAUCAGUUGAAUAUUCGUGUCGCGGAUUUCGGAAUGGCUUCUCUCCAACCCGAGGGUUCCCUACUGGAAACUAGUUGCGGCUCACCACACUAUGCCUGUCCCGAGGUUAUACGAGGGGAAAAAUACGAUGGACGAAUGGCCGAUGUUUGGUCAUGUGGAGUGAUCCUGUACGCGUUGCUAGUGGGCGCACUUCCUUUUGACGAUGACAAUCUGCGGAAUUUGUUGGAGAAAGUUAAAAAAGGUGUAUUUCACAUUCCCCCGUUCGUUUCACCCGACUGUCAGUCCUUGCUGCGUUCCAUGAUCGAAGUGGAUCCGCGCAAACGAAUUACGUUAAAAGAAGUACUCGAACACAAGUGGGUGACGAGUGACCAAAAUAUGCCCCUUCAACUCGAAUUGCCCAUGACCCAAGCCGUUCAGACCGCAAUCAUUCCCACUCGUGCGGAUAUCGAUCCAGACAUAUUUGGAACCAUGACCUCACUGCAAUGCUUCCGGGAUCAGGAGAAACUGGUGGAGGAAUUGCUAUCCCCUGUGUACUUGCGCAUCGCAUCCGAAUUGGCUAUACUGCACGUCAAAAGUAGUCCCCUGGUACGCAGUAAUCCCCAUACACUGCAAAACUUCAUCAAUCGAAGUCAUGACGGGAACGAUUCGAAGGUGUCACAAAUUCGAUGGAUUCCGGUAUCUGCUAACUUGCUCAAACCUUGA